UGCGCAUGCGCGGCGCUGCAGCGAUGUUUCCGCGUUGAGUGAAGAGCAGAAGGGAUCGAGAGAGAGAGAGAGUGGGAGAGAGGAUAGAGGGAAUUUGCGACGCAGCAGGACGCCGAGUCAGAAUAAACGGACACUCCACAAACGCUAAUAAAAAACAACAUCAACAAAAUCAACGUUCAAAACCGAAGCCUUUAGCCAUGGAGGACACGGCGAACACUUAAAAUGUGAGGUUUAAAGAGACGUGCUGCAGAAACGAGCGAGAGCGGCUUUCCUCAUCAGCAUCCACGGCUGAUCUCGACUCGGGUGCUCCCGUCCCCCUCCGUCACUCGCACUGGGGGGAAAAUGAAGAAGUUUAAUAUCCGUAAGGUGCUGGACGGCUUGACGGCCGUGUCGUCCCCUUCUCCAUCCUCGCAACUCGGGGCCAAGGAGAACGAGCUCAUCCCGGAGACACUCCAGUCUGAACACUUCCAGCUCUGCAAGACUGUGCGCCAUGGCUUCCCCUUUCAGCCCUCCUCUAUGGCAUUCGACCCCGUCCAGAAAAUCCUUGCCGUCGGGACUCAGAGUGGAGCUUUACGAUUGUAUCCUUUUCACAAUGGAAAUUAA